CUCAGAAUUAUUUAUUGUUUUAAAAACUCAUUUUGGUUUUAGCUUUAAUUAUUUAUUUAUCUUAAAAAAAAAAAGAUCGUGUAUUUUGAAAGUUCACAAACUCUAAGAAUUAUGAGUGAUUAUCGUGGGUAUUACGAUCACAGAGGAAACCGUCGUGAACGAACAUACAGAAACAACUUUUCUGGAGGUUAUCGAAGCAGACCAGAUUUUGGAGUGUCUGAAGAAACCGAAUCUCACAGCCGAAAUAAAUGCCCUUUAUUUCGUCAGCUAAAGUCAGGUAUUACUCGUUCUCCCUAUGUAGAUGUUAAGCUUCGUGACUGUGACGAGAAUGGCUUUGCUGCGGCAGGUUUCCUUUUGUGGAAACGAACGGAAGAUAACAUUGAAGUUUUGAUGGCCCGAGAGUUUCGUGAUGGUCUUGAUAAUCUGAAUUUUCUUGGUGGAAAAAGGAGACAACGACAAGAGUCUUCAAUAGAUGUUGCUUUAAAAAAGGUAGACAUGGAAAGUGGAAGAAAACUACUUCGUUCAACACUAAACAAAAUGAAACAGCCUCCAUUAGUUCAUUGGAGCGGAACUGCUUCUAAGUAUGUGUUGUAUCUCUUUGAAGUAACAACUUGGAAUGAUUGUGAGAUUGAUGUAAUGUGUGCUGGUAUUUACAAUGAAGGCAUAAAGAGGCUGGAGUGGAUAAAAUGGGAAGAUUUGAAGUCCGAACGUUUUAAGAGAGAUGAACUUCAUGAUUUUACAAUACAAAUGGUGGAAGACCUGAGCCAUCCUUCAUGCAAUGUAUUGGGUCGAAUCAAAGAGUUGUUUGAUACUGCAGAAGCUGCGAGUAAGAAAUCAAGCGAGGUAUGCGAGGAGAAAACAGUGUUUAGCUUUGAUGUUGUGCAAGCGCUGAUGUCCUCAGCAGAAACUGCUAGAGGUAAUCAUCAGAAAGUAGGAAAAACGCUCUGCUGGGGAGAUAUCUCUGACGCUGUAAAUGCUCUCCAUCGCAAAGAUAUCAUGAAACUUCAGCGUAGAUUCCAUCCUGAUCGCCUGAAGAACCAACUGCAACGCAAUCCGACUGAAAUUGAAGGAAAAGCUGCAACUAAAGCCAUGCAGGUGUUAAAUCAAAUAUUAGAUGCAAUCAAAGGAGAAUCCAAGGCUCCAUCUUGAUCUUCUUCUUCGGGUGAUGUUUUUAGUACCAUCAAUGAGUUAAACGCUCUUAUACACCAGCUUGAAGGAUCUGGGGAUGAGGUUGAUGUUGUUGCUGCUGUAAGCUCAAAGCUUGCAGAAAUUCGUAUGUGAAUCAUUACUGCAAAAAACACAUAUAUGACCAGUAUUUCUUAUCUGAUGUUUUAAAUUUUUUAUCACUUUUUUAUUUCUUUACUUUUUUAUUUGUUCAUUUCUUAAUUUGAUCAGGGAUGUCUAAUAAGUAUUUUCAAGUUGUAAGUUUUAAUUCAUUUUUACUGUGCUCCAAUACCUAAGCCAUAACAUGGUGCUAACAGAAAUUUUUCCCUUUCUGGGUGGUACUUAACCCCCUUCAGGGCCUGAUCUAUAGAGUAUUUCAGACGAUUUGAUUCGAGAUAGGUGAUAUUGUUUUGUAUUUUGGUCAGAAAUGGGUGCAAUUAUUCCUUAUUUUCAAGUUCCACAAUGUUAAUGCAUUCUAAUAAAAUGUAUUUUUACUGUGGUGUAAAUCUUUUUUUUUUUGGUAAAUUAUUAUUACUCGACAAAAUAAUGUAGUUUUCUUUUAUUAUUUUUGUGUCGAAUGUGAUAAAGGAGAGUUCUGUUUUCUUACGGAGUUCUGCUUUUGUAUGGAGUACUCCUUUUUUAUGGGCUUCUACUGGGGUUCUAAAUCAAAAAAUGCAAAACAUUCCAAAUCAAGUAAUAACAGAUAAUUCAGAUAAUUCUCGCCCGCGAAGUUUUUUUUAACUUUCUUUUCUUUUUUGUUUCGGACGAAUAAGCCUAUAAUCUUGCACCUACAACGUAAAAAAUAACUUAAUACACGAAAUGAAAAUCUGAAAAUCAGGAAAUGUAUAAAAUUCGAAAUUUUUGCUACAUUCUUUUUCAACCUUAAAAUUUUUUGGCCUAAAUUCAAACAUAAA